AUGGCCGCUGUUAGCGAGCGCAUCCAAGGGCUGCGGCGCCCCGGGGCUUCUCUCCUGAAGAAAACCCUGCCGGCGCGCCCCAACGACAAAGCCCUCUCGCGCAAGGCUGUCAACCCAGCUGCUGCCGACAUCAGCAUCAACAUCAGCGAGAAUAAUACUCCCACCGCGUUCCAGGAGAAUACAGAACCUCACAAAGACCUGCCAUUGCCCCCGCUUCCUCAUGUCGUACCACAGGUGGCACGGCCUCCGCGGGGGUCGUCGAUGAAUGACAACCGGAAUCAGUAUUACAACCAGAACGAAAGACCGCAGGAGAGACAGCCUGUAAGCAACAACAAUAACCUGCUCGCACCGCAGCCCUCUCGCAAUGCGCGCCCCGUCUCCGAAGCGCCGUCCAUCUCGCAGUUCAUCCCAGACCCGGAACCCGAACCGUUCGAUCUCCCCAUCUCGCCGGACCUGAUCAUCGAUGGCCAAAAGACACCGGACAGCAGCAGCAACAAUAGCACAAUACACAACACCGUCGAGUGGACGCCGCCGCUGCCAGACCCCGUCGUGAUCGCACCGCUGACCCGCGUGCACUACGACUGCUUCCAGGCGCACCGCCACAUGCUGCAGUCCAACAACGUCUGGUAUGCGACGGCGUGCAUGACAUGCCAUAAAUUGGACCAGGAAGUGCGCCAUCGGUGUACGUUUUGCUGUCUGCGCGUGUGUGUUGCGUGUUUUGAGCGGUUGCAGAAGAGUAAAGACCGGUCGUUGGCGGAGUGUUUUCCAUGA